AUGGGUUCAGGUUCAGGCUCAGUACCAGUUUCUAAAAUUGUGGAGAACUGGAGAGAGCAUCAUCCAUCUUCUUAUUCACUCAAGAUUCAAAACUUCCCACAGCUUGAGAACUCGACUGCUAAAACUGAUGAUAAAUACCAAUCUCGCCUUUUCUCCUCCGGUGGAUAUAACUGGAGAUUGAUUGUAUACCCUAAAGGGAACAAAAAGGACAAUGGAAGUGGAUUUAUUUCCAUGUACGUGGAAAUAGACAGCAAAAGCUUGAUGGUAUUCACACCACCCACUGAGGUUUUUGCCGAACUCCGUUUCUUUGUCUACAACAAGAAACAAAACAAGUACUUCACUAUUCAAGAUGUAGAAGUAAAGCGGUUCAAUGCACUCAAAACGGUGUGGGGAUUGCAGCAAGUUCUUCCAUAUGAUACAUUCAUUAAAACUGAAAAUGGAUACAUCUUCGAGGAAGAUCAAUGUGAGUUUGGUGUUGAUGUCAUCGUUGCUCCACCCCUUACCAAUUGGGAGAUUCUCUCUUUUAAUGAGAAAAUCUCUCAUCCCAAGUUCUCUUGGAAUGUUAAGAAAUUUUCUUUGUUAAAAGAGGAUGAACAAACAUCAAACAUCUUUUCGAUGGAAGGAAGGAAAUGGGUUCUAAUGCUGUAUCCGAAGGGCUAUACCAAAGAUGGCAAAUGGUUAUCCACUUUUCUCCUUUUAGCUGAUAGUGAUAAACCGAAAGCAGAUGAGAAGAUUUCCGUGCAAGGACAUUUGCGAGUUCUAGAUCCAUUUGGGUCCAAUCACUUUGCACGCCAAAUGAACCACUGGCACGUGGAAGCAAACACGGGUUGGGGUUGGGAGCAAUAUUUGUCUUUAGCUGAACUUCGGAAGCUUUAUUUGGACAAGGAAGACAAUUUGAAUGUUGAGGUCGAAUUCAAAGUUGUUUCUGCGACCAAAUACUCUCCCGUUAUCUAA